AUGCAGCUGCACCCAGCCCUGUGUGGCUUCUCCCAGGCCUGUGGGACCCCGGGGGCCCUGUCCUUACUCCCCAGGACCAGGACGGCUGCUGUCUCCAGCCACAGUGAACAUCGUUCUCUCCAGGGACAGCAGGUGCGGGUGACAGAGGACACAGUGACCAACACUGAGAAGUACUUCGGCCAGUUCUGCUCGCUGCUGGCCGCCUACACCCGCAAGACAGCCCGGCUGCGUGACAAGGCCGACCAACUGGUCAGGCAGCUCAUCGACGUCGCCAACACGGAGAACCUGGAGAUGCGGGCCGCCCUGAGGAACUUCGCCGAGGACCUGGUCAAAGUGCAGGAUUACCGGCAGGCCGAGGUCGAGAGGCUGGAGACCAAGGUGGUCAAGCCCCUGAAGCUCUACGGGGUGCAGAUAAGGCAGACCCAGGCUGAGAUCAAGAAAUUCAAACACGUCCGGAACAACGAGCUCAAACAACUGGAAAAGCUGGAGAAACUGAGGCAGAAGUCCCCUUCAGAGAGACAGACCAUCUCCCAGGCGGAGACCAGCGUGCAGAGGGCCUUGGUGGAUGCCAGCCGCACCUCCCACCAGCUGGAGGAGACGGUGGAUGCCUUCCAGGAACAGAAGCUGAAGGACCUCCGGAAAAAGUUUUUGGACUUUGUGACCAUUGAGAUGGUCUUCCAUGCCAAAGCGGUGGAGGUGUAUUCCAGUGCCUUCCAGACCCUGGAGAGCUACGACCUGGAGAGGGAUCUGGAGGAUUUUAGAGCCAAGAUGCGUGGAGUUUAUGGGGGUUAUGACGCUCGGCUGCUCACGGACACCACCCUGUCCCCAGCUGUCCCGUGGUUUCUCGCCCAGAGCACCCAGAGCACCAGAUGGAGCCAGAGAAAAGAGGCAGCCAGUGAGGACAACUCUGUCGAGGAGGACCCUGUGGAGGACCUCAGGGGACAGGGGAAGGGGCUCCAUCAGUAGGACGAGAACUCCCCAGUCAGGAAAAAGGGGCUGAGGCUGGAUGCUCAGAGGCUCUGCCGUGUGCAAGUCCCGUGUCCUCUGAGUCCCGCUUUCCUCAUCUGUCUGGCAGGAAUCAUAUCACUCAGCUCACAGGCUGCUCUGGGGAUCAAGGUGCCCAGAAGGACACCUGGUACAUAG